UUUAAAGAUGAUCAUCAAUAUUUCCAGGUACCAGAGACUCCAAUAUGGCUGCUAUCUAAGGGUCGUCAGAAAGACGCUCUGCAUUCCCUCUGUCGCCUUCGAGGCUGGGCGAAACCCGAAGACGUCCAAGAGGAGUUUGAUCAACUUCUUCAAUACAAUGACGUAAUCCAACAAUGUGUUAUUUGCACCAAAGAAGACAGAUUAUCCGUAGAAGAUUGCGAACACAAAAACGCGAAUGUGUUCAGAAGAAUCAUGUUCAAAUUCAAGCAUGUGCUAUUAGUUAAGGAAACGAUGCGACCUUUUACUUUAGUGAUGGCAUAUUUCCUAUUCCACACGAUGAGUGGAUUGCUACCAGUGAGACCGAACAUGGUCAAUAUUUGUAAAGCUUUAGGAAUGAAGUACGACUCCAAAACUAUUGUGGUCCUAGUUGGAGCAGUAUUCAUACUCAUGAGCCUCUUAUCAGCAGUAAUAGUGAAGACGAUAGGAAAGAGGAAGUUAAUCCUCGGUUCUCUAUUCGCCACUGCUUUAUGCAGCCUCGGUCUUAGCAUUUACGCGAGAACGAGCAUAUCACCCGACGUGUUUUCAUACGAAUCGAUCACGUUUACUGAAAAGAAAGAAAUACUUCCACUGUUCUUGUUUAUGGCACUGGUGUGCUUCACUAGUCUUGGGAUACCAUGGAUACUGCUGUCCGAAGUGUUUCCUUUUAGGAGCCGCGGAGUCGCCACGGGUACUGCAGCAGCUCUUUGUUAUACUAUUUUAUUUCUAGCAUCUAAAACGAAUUAUAAUUUAGAAGCUACUUUUCAUCUCAGCGGUGUUUUUGCUAUUUAUGCUACUUUUGCCUUUGUCGGCACGAUUUACCUUUUUUUCUUGCCUGAAACUGAAAAUAAAACUUUGGUGGAAAUAGAAUCAUACUAUAAAGGUGAAACAAAGAUAUUUGCUGACGAUUUCUUUAUUAACGCCUUUAGAAAGAAACAGAGCAAAUUAAGCGAAGCGAGCAAACCAAUGCUAGUCAAGUAAUUUAUUGACUAUUCACAGGGAUGGUAGAGUUAUCAUCAGUUAGCGAUCGUAAAGGCUUGCCGAUACGAUUAUAAGCAUAUUAAUUAUCAAAAUUAAGACCCAAUUGAUAAUGAAUUGUACUUGCAGGAGUUUUCGAUCGCUAACUUUGUGAAGACUACUUCCCCGGAUGAAAAUAUGAGAUUUUUUACUGUACUGUGUACAGAGCACCAAAUGUGCUAAUAAAUGAUAUUGUACAUACUAUUCUAAGCUUUAAGUUAACCUUAUAAAGGCAUAAUAAUAAACAGGGAAAUUACGAAUUGUAACAUUAGCCAAUUACUUGACAAAAAUAUUUUAAGAAAAGAAUUAGGGUUUUCAAAUUUUGUUUAUGAUGUUUAUACUUAGGUGUGAUUGUAAGGCGUUUUAGUGCCUAACAUCAUACUGCCAAUAAAAUUGUGUUCGUAAUAAUUUACUGUUUAUUAGAAUAAAAUUGUUAUAAUUUU